AACUCUGAUUGAAUCAUCUUCAUGGAUGGGCUGUGUCCUAUUACUGUUUUUAUCCAAUAUUCAGGACUAUUUGGAAGCAACAGGGAUUUUUGCACUUUGCUUUGUUUCUGUGCCACAGGAUCGUGCACUCUCUGAAAGGCGCAGGAGUUCAUCCUCGAGGACGGCUUCAGCGGUACCAUGGGAAACCAACCAUCCCUUCAGCACCAGAGCCGAGGAAGUUGGCUUUGCUUUGCUUUUUCUCUUGCCAUCAGUUGAUCUUGGUGUCGAAGACGGAGGUACAAGCUCUGUGUGAAGCAAUUCCUGCGACUUCACCGCUCUCCCUCCUCUGCGGGGUUUGUGGUGCCUAAUAAAGCAUUCGAUUUACUUUGAAGCCAUUUGAACAUGUGGACACACACUCUCUUUCUGCCCCUGGCUGGCGGUCUCACAAAACUAUGUAGAAACUUGGUAUCUCUGAGACCUCCAGCCCUCUGUCAGAGUUGGUGGAAUAUUGGCUGCCGGGGAACUGGGCAGGCCACACUGUUUGCUCGCGUAAAUCUGCUUGCUUAAGGAUGCCAAGCUGUAUUCACUUGUAUUCAAGUAUUUCACUUUCAAAGCUUUACUUUUCCAUUUCUGCCCUUCUCUCUAACUGAAUCCUUGGUCUGUGCGUUCUCCUGCGUCUGCCUUUGAGCAAGCCAGUUGUCAAAGUGAGAUUCCCUCCUGUGUUGGAGAAAACUUCCUGCUGCUUGAAAGCUUUUAUUUAAAAAAAAGUAUGUUUCUUUAUCAAAAUGAGCUGCGUGAUUUCAGUCCUGAUGAAUCUUUCCACUCUGCCUCUCCGCUUCCAAGCUCUGCUUUCAAUGAAAGUGUCUUUAAUUGAUAAAGGGAAGCGUGAAGCUAUUUAUGGGAGGUGAUCCUUCAUUAAUGUAUUGCUAUUUGGCAUUGCCUCGCUGAGAACUGUGUCGUCAUGUUCUUUUCUUGCAAAUAUUUCAAAGGUAGAUCUUCCUUAGCUUUUUGUGGCUCUGGAGUGUUUCUUCUGCUUCCUCCUUCUUAUAUUUGUUUGUGCUUACCUUCUUCUCUGGACAGGAUUCAUCACUUCUUCAAGAAAUCAGUCUAGUAUUCUGUGAAUAUUCCUGAAAACAUACAGGAAAAAAUACAGAUGUGAAGAAACGUCCGGAGUACUAAGGUGAUGGCGGGCUUUGAGAAAUGGCCCAAGCGAGACCUAAGGAACAUCUUUAUCUCCAGUUGGAGCAGCUAAAUUUUGCUCCUGCGAUGUGUCCGCCAGCCUCUGAUAGCUUAGCGAAGGCAAGUCCGGCCCUUCCUUAGGCUCCCUCCCUGCUUGCUCGAGGCUGGGGCUGUCCAGCGGGGCAUGAAUGAGAGCCUCUCUUCAUGACUGCCCGCUGUUCUGCGGCGGGCCCCCUCCUUCUCCCACCUCCUCCCCGUGAAACCUGCUCUCUCCCUCUCUCCUCCGAGCUCGGCCCCUCUUGCCUGCCUGUGCUCCUGAGCUCUGCCCCUCCAGCUGGAGACUCAGGUUUAUCUGGAGGCCAGGAGUCUCAUUUGUAAGCUGAGAUCUCGGAGGAGAAGGAGGGAUCUGCUGGACCCUGGAGGAGAGAAAGGGUUUAGCUGCCCAGGAGAGCUGAGGAGAGGCACAGCCUGGGCACCAUGGCUGGAUUCUCCGCUCUUGGGCUUCUCUUCCUUUGUCAGCUAUUAGCCGUGUCAUCGGCUCAGAGAGUAGGACCACAAGGCCCUCCCGGACCCCGAGGACCCCCUGGACCAUCUGGCAAGGACGGCAUAGAUGGAGAGCCAGGCCCUCCUGGUUUGCCUGGUCCACCAGGGCCAAAAGGUGCCCCAGGGAAGCCUGGAGCAGCUGGUGAAGCCGGAUUACCUGGCCUUCCUGGAGUGGACGGUUUAACAGGAACUGAUGGCCCACCUGGCCCAAAUGGGCCUCCGGGAGAUCGCGGUGGAUUAGGACCUGCUGGACCACCUGGACCAGCUGGCAAAGGACUACCAGGACCUCCGGGACCUCCAGGACCCAGUGGACUCCCAGGCGGAAAUGGAUUUCGGGGUCCUUCUGGGCCUUUUGGUCUGCCAGGUUUCCCAGGGCCUCCUGGACCUCCAGGACCUCCCGGUCUUCCAGGCAUCCUUCCUGAUGGCGGUGGGGAUCUUCAGUGCCCAGCUUUGUGCCCACCAGGUCCUCCGGGUCCCCCAGGAAUGCCAGGGUUCAAGGGACACACUGGUCACAAAGGAGAACCUGGCGAAAUAGGAAAAGAAGGAGAGAAGGGUAGUCCUGGCCCUCCAGGUCCUCCAGGCAUUCCUGGCAGUGUUGGCCUACAGGGUCCAAGAGGACUAAGAGGAUUGCCUGGCCCAAUAGGUCCAGCUGGUGACAGAGGUGACAUUGGUUUCAGAGGGCCACCUGGAAUCCCAGGACCUCCAGGGAAAGCCGGAGACCAAGGAAACAAAGGACCUCAAGGAUUCAGAGGGCCCAAAGGCGAUACUGGCAGACCUGGACCAAAAGGAAACCCAGGGGCUCGUGGACUCAUAGGAGAACCUGGCAUACCUGGCAAGGACGGACGAGAUGGAGCUCCUGGACUCGAUGGUGAGAAGGGCGAUGCAGCUCGCAUGGGUGCUCCUGGAGAGAAGGGGCCAAACGGACUUCCUGGAUUGCCUGGAAGAGCAGGUAUUAAAGGCUCAAAGGGUGAACCAGGCAGUCCUGGAGAGAUGGGAGAGGCAGGUCCCUCCGGAGAGCCAGGCAUCCCUGGUGAUGCCGGUAUUCCUGGUGAGAGAGGCCUGCCGGGGCCCAGAGGAGCAACUGGCCCACUUGGUCUUCAAGGUCCGAUAGGCGCUCCAGGUGUGAGAGGCUUCCAGGGUCCCAAAGGUGCCAGUGGGGAACCUGGCCUUCCUGGUCCAACUGGAAUUCGUGGAGAGUUUGGUGACAGGGGUCCUACCGGUGUCACUGGUCCCAAAGGUAACCAGGGCAUUGCUGGAGCAGAUGGCCUCCCAGGUGACAAAGGAGAACUGGGUCCCUUUGGUCCUCCUGGCCAAAAAGGAGAGCCAGGAAAAAGAGGAGAGCUUGGUCCUAAAGGUGCCCAAGGACCUAAUGGGACUACUGGUGUACCAGGGAUUCCUGGACAUCCAGGGCCCAUGGGCUUCCAGGGCGAGCAAGGUGUCCCCGGCAUCACAGGAAAACCUGGCCCUCCUGGCAAAGAGGCCAGUGAACAACAUAUAAGAGAACUCUGUGGGGAAAUGAUAAAUGAUCAAAUUGCACAGUUAGCUGCUAAUCUGAGAAAGCCGUUGUCUCCUGGAAUGACGGGUCGCCCUGGCCCAGCUGGUCCCCCGGGGCCUCCUGGAACAAUGGGAAGCGUUGGGCAUCCUGGUGCUCGUGGUCCCCCUGGAUACCGGGGGCCAACAGGAGAACUUGGCGAUCCGGGUCCCAGAGGUGAUGCUGGUGAAAAGGGAGAUAAAGGACCAGUUGGUCAAGGUAUUGAUGGGCCUGAUGGAGAUCAAGGACUUCAAGGACCACCUGGUGUACCUGGAAUAACUAAAAAUGGUCGGGAUGGUGCUCAAGGUGAACCCGGUCUUCCAGGGGAUCCUGGUACUCCUGGUACUAUUGGGGCUCAGGGAACUCCAGGAAUAUGUGACACAUCAGCUUGCAUGGGAGCUGUUGGAGCAUCAACUUCCAAAAAAUCAUAAAACAACAUUAUAAGAAGUGGAAAAGUGACUGAAUAUUUAAGCAAACAGUGCAUUGUAAGAAAACAGAGAGAAUCCUCCUAGUGAUAAAUGGACAGAUGUUCCUUCUAUUAAAAUGAAUUAAGUGGAGACUUUGACAUAGUAAUUCAGUUCUAUGAAAAAAAAAGCAUCAGACAAAAACUUUUAUUAAAAGAUGCUUUGUGAGUAUUUUCUCCUCCCCCUAAUUAUUUUCCAGAAUCUUUACUGCUAAACAGUCUCACCUUCCCUUUCUCCCUUUGUUGAAGAGACCUGCAAGAGGAAGCAUUGUUCCUUUUUACCAUCAUCUCCCUAACUCUGCUAAAGAUCAUGGCUAUUCUGUACAAGCGUUUGAGCCAAUUGAAUUCCUUGGUACUGUUCCCACUGACUUCAGUUACGCAGGUUCAUGCACUAAAGUCCAAAUUGUUAAGUUAUCUGGGCUCUCAAAUGCUAUUUACAUCAAUGGAAAUUAGGCAUUUAAAUAUCCAGUGUUUUUAAGACAAUGGCCUAAGUGAAGAUCAUGUGUAUUUCCUGUCUACUCUCGAUUUUCUGAUUGCACCUCAAAUAUUUGAGACUAGUAAAUAGUAAACCUCUUGCAAUCAGAUUCUGCAAAAGAUGUAAUGUAUAUAUUUUAAGUUGCAGGGGAGGAUUUUUGUAUAGUUCCAUAUAAUAAUAAAGGAAAUUAAGUAACAGCAUUCUCAUGACCUCUACUGAAGCUAUUUGCACAGUGAUUGUGAAUGAAACCCCAAAUAAGAAGGGAUACUCUUCUAAAGACCAGCCAAAAAAACCUGUAUGAACUGUUGUAAAAAUAAAAGGAGAUUUUUUUUAA